AUGGUACAGAUUUGGUAUAUGGAAUCAUAUCUAUUCGGUGAUCCACGAUUACCUCAUCAUUUAUUUCCUCCUAAAAAGAUCACUACCGAUGAAUUGAUGAAACGAACUGGGAUACUUUAUUUCAAGAUAAUUCUUGAAUUCUUGUUUUUAAUUUUCUUAAUUUUCUCAACUUUCUCAGUUGACACAAAAGAUAAGAUAUCAAUGUCAGAACGAAUUGCUUUACUUGCAAAGGAAAGGAACUUAACAAAGCAGGAUAUUUAUACGUUGAAUGCUCAAACAACAGUUGAUUUCGAAGAUAAGAUUGAAAAGCUAUUUGAAGAAGCUAAACUAAGUAGUGAAAUAGCUGUACUUAUUAUCGAAGGUUCUGCAUACUAUGACAUCGAAGAUAAUUACGGUAAAUGGUUAAGGAUUUUGUGUGAAUUUGAUGAUUUAUUGAUUAUUCCGGCUGGAAAACUUCAUAGGUUCACGACAACAACCGAGAACUUCGUCAAAAUGCGUCGCUUUUUCAAGGCUGAUGAAUGUUAG